UCUAGCAUUACACUGGAUAUCCUAUCCGCACUUUCCUAUUGCCACAAGCGAAAUCUGCUACAUCUUGAUGUAAAGCCACAGAACGUUCUGGUAUCUCUCGUUGGCAUCGAUCCAAAAUUACGAUACGAAACACAACCGAAUUUCUUCUCCCGGCAGCAGUAUGUGUGUAAGCUAUGUGAUUUUGGAGCUUCGCUGAAGAUCGAUACACCUAAGCCGGCACCCAAAGGCAAUGCACGUGGCACCAUGCGUUACAUGUCCCCAGAAGCGUUGUGCGAAGAACCGCUUACACCUGCUGCAGACAUCUACUCGCUUGGCAUUACAAUGUGGCAAAUGCAACAGUGCCGUUUACCUUACCAUUGGAUCGCUUGCAAUGAAGUAGUCGCCUAUCAGGUGGUCAAGAAUAAGCUGCGUCCCGAUAGUACAUUUUCUAGCAAUACAAAAAGCGUUGGCAAUGAUUGCAAAGGCGCUUUGCAUUCGACUAUGCCAUUGCAUCAUAAAUGCCAUUGCGCCAACUUGACAGCGGAAGAGAUCACCUAUCACUCAUUAGUGCAUCUUACAGAUGUACUCAAUCGCACCAAACAACCCGAGGAACACUUACAUUUCUCCGAUUGUGGUGUGGAUGAGGCGCCUCAGACGAUUAGGCGUCGUCCAUUCGCCUCAUUAAAUUCAAAAAUGAAUGUUAUGCGUGAUCUGAGUGCCGAGUUGAAGUGUAGUAAGUCGCCGAUUGCUCAGCGUUCACCAUUGAAACAACUAAAAUCACUCGAACAACAACAACAACAACAAAAGCAGCGCACGAAAGGGGAUAUUGGCGAUCUGUUGGCGGUGUUUGGAAAUAUUUUGGGCCAACAGGAUGGCGACAAGGAGCAGAGCUACGAAAAGCUUUGCAGAUCUUGUUGGCACGAUGAACCGAUUAUGCGACCAUGCGCGAAAGAGUUACGCAAAAAAUUAGUUGAAUUGUUGAAAUAAAUGUUUGUUGAAAAAUUUUUACUUUAUGAUAGAUCCCAACUGUAUUAAACCUAAGUUAUUUUAAUUAUGCCUUUUUUUAAAUUUUAUGGUUUUAUUUACAUUUUUUAAAAAGCUCACUAGUUAAUAUAUGUAAGUAGUACUUUUCUAUAUAAUUCUUUAGAACUGUCUUUUUUGUGAAAAUGUUUAAUUAAAGGG